AAAAAACAAAAGUUGAUGUCUCUGUUAAACAUAAAGAAGGUUCCUGUUUUACUUCUGCGUUUUUAAAGUUGCUCAGUGUAUUUAGCUGAAACCGCCGAUAUAUUAGAGAUUUUUGUCCGAACAAGUCUGAAUUUGAACGAUUUGUUGGUCUUAUUUUUGCCGGGAGUUUUCUAUGUGAAGGAAAAGCAUAGACACCCUGUGUAAAUGCUAAAGCAAAUGCUUAAAGGUCAGAUCCGUAUUUGUUCCUCCCAGGGAUUGUCUGUAAGAAGAAGGCAUAGGACGCGCUGUACCUUGGAUAGCUAACACUUUAAGAUUGCAUGAAAUGGACAAAGAUGACAACUUCUCAGAUAAACAAACAAACAUGGAUCACAGAUCAAAGAUUGCAUUUUUCGACAAGUUGGAUAUAGCCAACCAGCCUAAGAAAACAGAAACGGAGAAUCUAAGAAGAAUAUAUCGUCAAGUACAGCCAGCUACAAUGAUGGAUGAUGAGUUCCCACAAAGCUCUGGGAAAAUUGCUCAGACAAGAAGCAGGUGGUCGACAAAGGAUUUGGAAAUUUUCCAGCAUCCUAUGUGCUUGAUUGGCGCCGUAUAUGUAAAAAACCAGAAAGGACAAGUAACUAAAACACAUUUAGAAAUUCAAGAAGAAGCGCUUGAUCAAAUUUCGAAGAUAGAUUUGCCAAUAGUUGUUGUAGCCGUUGUAGGUUUGUACAGAACAGGAAAGUCUUAUCUAAUGAAUCGUUUGGCAGAAUCGAACACAGGUUUUGCAUUGGGAGACACGAUCGAAUCAAAGACAAAAGGUAUUUGGGCAUGGUGUAAAUUACAUCCAACUCAAUCGAACACUGUUCUGCUGCUUCUCGAUACUGAAGGACUCGGCGAUGUUGCAAAGGGUGACCGAAGCCAUGACAACAAGAUUUUUAUCUUGGCGACGCUACUGUGCAACUGCCUUGUUUACAACAUGAAAGGAGUUUUUGACAACGAUGCCGUCGUUAAACUCACAUUUGUAACUGAGAUGGCAAAAAGUAUAAAAUUUCGGGGGAAAGCAUCAGAAGAUAAUCAAUGGAUUGGUCAGAUACUUCCAGACUUUGUUCUAUGUUUGAGGGAUUUCAGUCUAAAAUUGAUCAGUGCUGGGAAAAAGAUAUCAGAAAAUGAGUAUCUUGAGCAAAGUCUAGCUGACAAUGAAUGUCAAGCCGAAGAGUUCAACAAACCACGAGAAUGCAUAAGAAAAUAUUUCCGAAAACGUGAGUGCUUUGCAUUCCCAGUUCCAGGUGAUGGAGAUGUUCUUGAGAAUCUCGAAACUUUGAGAUUAAGCGAUUUAUCUACCAGGUUCAAAGAGGCAACCGCCCGUUUUGUGUCAUACAUAUACAGUCUACCACCAAAGGAAUUGCUCGUUAGUACACCGGUAAAGGGACGAAUGUUUAAAGUUUUGGUAGAAGAAUACGUAACAGCUAUAAGACAAGGUGCUGUUCCCGAUGUGGAUGGCGCUUUUCUAGCUGUUGCAAAAAUUGAAAAUGAAAAAACAAAAAAAAUCGCUGUGGACAACUUUGAAAAACAACUACAAAAAACAAAACUUCCUGUUUCUAGUGAUGUUCUGAUGACGGCUUUCACAGAGGCAGAGACAGAAGCGCUAAAUUAUUUUCGAAAAAAUGUUGUACAUGAUAAAGACUUCGAAUAUGAACAUCAAGCGCAGAUCGAAAUGGAUCGCAUUUGGAAUCAAGUAAAAGAAGAAAAUGAUGUAAAGGUCAGGACAAUGAGCAGAACGAAACUGCAAGAGGCUUACGAGAAAAACAUGAAACUAAAGAUACAAAAUGACGAUUAUAAAACAGCAGGAGGCUAUCGAAAGUAUCAGUGUGAUGUCGAAAGUUUGCAGAAAGAAUAUUUCAGUUCUCUUCGUGGUUUUAAUGAAAACGAGAUAUUACGGAGUUGGCAUGAAUUUGUAACUGAUAUGAAAGAAACGGAAGCAAAGAUUGUUCAAGCUGACGAUGACUUGUCACAAAAGGAGAAAGAAGAGGAACAAAAGCGAAACGAAGAAAACACCCGGCAAUUACUAAAGAGACAAGAAGAAGCAAAUAAAGAAGAAUUUGAAAAGCAGAAAAAAGAACUAGAAGAUCAUUUCAAAACAAUAGAAAAUGAACGAAAGAAAAAGGAAGAAGCAGACGAAAAAAAGUUAGAAGAAUUGGUACAUAAGAAGAUGGAGGAAGAAGCAGCGAAAAAAGAAUUAGAAUCUUUAAGAGCAGAAAAAAAGGACAGAAAAAAGAGAGGUUUUUUAACAAGGCUAGGCGAUGCAUUAUGGAACACGUAAAGAUUAACAUUUUUUUCAAUUAAAGGCUUUAAAUCAACAAUUUAUUGUCGGUUUCCAAAAUUAUGACAUAUUUCUUUAAACACUUUUCGUUUUUAUUCAAUAACAAAAAAGUGAAGAUGCGACAAAAUUCAUAUACAUAAGUUUAGGUUUUAUGUAUAAUUACUAUUUCUGAUUCUAUUAAAAACGCCAAUUUAAUCUCACGACUAAAAUAAUUGAAUGAUUAUUAUAUUGCCUAACAUGAAUUCAUUAGUUCAUGUAGUUAUUUAGUUUAAACGAUGUUUGGUAUUAUGAUAUAAUUGUAAAUACAUAUAUUUUCAAAUGGAUACCCUAUAUCUUAAAAAAAGAAAUUCGAAUUAUAUUUUUUAUUUGCCAAAAUUACACAUGACAUAUUUUCGGAAUAGUACAUUGAAUUGACAUAUCAACUAACAAAUUAACAGUUUUACCAAAUGUUUGACACAAAUAUAAGUGUCAGUAAAGUGAAUUUGUUUUUAAUGAAAGGCCUGCAAUUCAAUUACUAGACUAGUAUUGUGCGUUGAUAGUAUUUAGGAAUAGACAUGAACAACAAACCAUGAAUGAAUUAUAGUUACAAGUAAGUUGCUUGUAAGUGUGAUAUUAAUGAUCCGAUAUUGAAUAUAAUAGCAGCUAAUAACGUGUUACAGAACAGAAAUAUCCUUUUCCAUUAGAUAAAUUUUACUCUAAAUCAUUUAGAACGUUAUCAACGCAUUUUUUGUCAAGCAGCAUUCAUUCAUAAAAAGCCUAAUGAUACAUUUCUAUAAUUUUCUUUUCAAUAUUUAAAAUACUUGUAGACUUAUCCACUUCAAAAUAGUGCAUUUAUGUCUUAACAUCCAAAUCAGAAGGAGCAGUGUUACAUGUUUCAAUUAGUUUCAAUCAGUUUCAAGUAGUGACACUAGUGGUUGUGGAUAAAUUAUUUAUAAAUUUGGACUUAUUUGUAAUUCAUUUAAAAUAUGUUUGCUUUGUAAUUUGAUUUUGAAAAAGAUAGUGUGAACGCAUAUAUGUUUUGUUUAAUAUUACAGCAUUUAUUUGAUUUACUUUUUCUAAUAUUAUGUUGUUCUUUUUAUGUUUAUGGUUGUUUUUUUAGAUUUGCCCUUGUCCGUCCGUCACCCUUUAACGUAACAAAAGUUUACAAUUUCAACUUUGUCGAGCGUACCAAAGUACCCCCAAAACAGUUUUUUUUUAUAAAUAUUGCUCUUGACUUGGUAUGAAUUUGCAAUUUCAACGUGGUUGUGCGUAGCUCAAAUAGUAUUUGACCGGGAGUCCUGAAUGCUUACAGAAAUAUUGAUCGGCAUGUGCAGUUCUGCAUGUGGGGAUUUGCUUGUGGAUUUAUUCAAUAUUUGUAGAUACUAUUACAAUUUAAAUUUUGUGUCACGUAUAACCGAAAAUAUAUUUGACCCAGUGUCAGUAGAGUAUAGGGGCACCUGUGUUCAAUGGACACAUUUCUUUCUCUUUAUUUUUCAAUUAUAUUAUUAUUUAAUUUAGUGGGGUUUUUUUUAUUAUUAUUUCAUUGUUUGUCUGGUUGUUGGUGACAGGGUGUGUUUGUUUAAAAGGAAACUAGAAGAUAUACUAGUAUUUGAUUCACAUAAAUUGAAUGCAACAUUAUAUACUUUUCCUUUGUUGUUUAUCAUUUAACGUCUCUUACGCUAAUCAGAUCAUAUUAAACAUAUUUAAAGAAAAACGC